AACAAAAAAAAUAUUUAUAAUAACAUCUUCAAUCUCAUUAAGGAUUGUUCUCAAAUAAUUCAAUUUGAGUCUGCAUUUGCAAUGGAAUUCGAAUUCAAGAAUCAACCAUCAUCCGUCAUAAUAGAUGGAUAUGAGCUAGUUGAUAACUCAGAACCACAUCAUCCAUGUAAAAGUAUUGAAUUAGGACCUAAUUCAUAUGGAUACGCCUAUCACACUAACAGCACUCAAAACACGAACACGACAGUGGCACCUAAAGAGGACUACAAUUUCGAAGGGUUAUCCUUACUACUGAAGGAGUGGGGUUUAGACGCACUCUAUGGAAGAUUUGUCCAAAAUUUGAUUGACGUAAACGUGUUGGAAUACAUGAUCGAUGUAGAUGUUGUAGACUUAUGUAAGGACUUUCCAAUGCGCUAUCGUCUAAUUUUGCGCCACAAACUAAAGCAAAAGAGUUAUCAUAGAGCGUUUGUCGCAGAUAAUCAUCGAAACGAGCUGAUAAACGCAGUGUCACAUAAUAAGAGAUCGCAGACAUCAGUUGUAAUCGAUGGUACUCCAGCUAAGCAAUCAAAGCAUAACCAUCCAGAGCGAGAUACAACCGAAAAUUCUAAUGUCUCUACAAUCACGAUGCAACCAGUGGCUACAAAGUUGAAAAGUUUAGAACAAGCCAAAGAUUAUGCACAACAUCUCAAAGGUCAGAAAACUCUGGUGGAGAUUCUCCAGGGCUCAGAAAUGGGUCUCAAAUUUCUGGAUCAAUACAAGGUAGAGAAUGGGAAACGAAUCUAUUCCGCGGAAUCCAGGAACUAUAUUAAAAAGGCACUGGUAGAUUAUUACUUUCGAGCUGGACAGGGACACAUAGGGGCUCAUGAAUUCCAAGAAAUGGUUGCCCUAAUAAUGAAUGAGCUACCCGAUGAAGAACCUACUAUUUGGUUCUCACCUCCCACAGCCGAUUCGACAUGCAGUACGGGUUUAUUAUAUGGACGAUACAGAUACAUGAUGCAAACCAACAAAGAGUAUCGGAAGCAGAAAGAAGCAAAGCGAGUGCAGCAUUCGACUAUGUUGAUCCAGCAAGCCAAAGAAUCCUGGGAAUCACUUAACAGUAUUGAGCAAAAUGAGUGUUUAGUUGCGAAAACUAAACUCUGGAACAUAGACAUUGCUGAAACUGACGACGUUAUCGAGGCCUGGAAAACAUGCUACCCGUUGCGGCGAUAUGAAAUCGUUAUGGGCGUACUACAAAUCAACGAACUGCAACCGUUCACGAAUUUCUCAAGGAUGCAUGACUUGAUAACCUAUGAUUUUUCCCGGAUAUUAUCGAUUGAAGAAGAAAUCUUCUACAAUCGCGUGCCACACUUCGUCGAUCGUUUCAAAUCGGUUUACAUCGGAUACAAGGCAGUCAUUGAAGACGAUAAAGCAUUAUCACAAGCCAUUGUUUCGGCUUUCAGCGAAUCCUCCACCGAGUCAACGGAUAGAGUAUCUUUCCUUGCAUUUUAUUCGUUGCCUUACAUGUUACGACAGGGCUUCACUGGUAAGAGGGUAAAGAAAAAACGAAAAUUUGCAUUCGCAGAAGCUCGCGAUAGCUUCAUCACUCUCCUUCCAGCAAACUAUAUGAUCGAAGAAUGCAUUGAGAUGCGUAAAAGGAAAGCUUUGGAGAAUGAAGAGCGGAAUACACCAUUCAUCGUUAGCGUCGGUACGUUGCUCAGUGGUGUGCGGGAGAAUUAUGUUGUGCUGGAAGAAAUGAUUUUUCCUUGUGGAACUAUUGAUCGAGCAGUAGAUUUUCUAUUGAAGUUGUACACCGUGUUGCAUAUGGAGUACGCUCACGCGUGCGAAAAUGUUCUACGAUUUAUUCAAGGCUAUUUGUACGAAUUGAAAUUUGUAGGCGAGCGAAGUAAUACAUUCGCUACUGCUUUAAUUACUGAUUUUAAUCGUCUAUAGUAAAGAAAGGUAUUAAAAUA